AUGUCUGCCACAAAUAGACAGUCCCAUGAUUUUAUUGAUCAACAGGAACAAGUGUACAACUCUGAUGAAAACUCUCGUGUGUAUGUAUUGAUGAACAAUGUUCCAUUUACUGCGAAUAACGAAAUAUCACAAGAACAACAAUCAGCCUAUUGUAAUGCUCCAUCGAAUUACUCAUCGAACAGCAAUCCACAAGCAUUUUUAUACCAGCACCAAUUGACAAACAAUCAAAUGGUUCAACCGUCCUCAUUAGUUCGUUUUACACCACAGCAUCAUCAACAACAGUCAUUACCAUCAUCUACCAAUAUGCCUCCUUCUCUUUUACAUCCGUCGAUGGUACAUUCCAACAUGAAUCAACAACAAACAUUUGCAUCUACAUUCCAACCAUCCGUUAAUAUCACAGCACCAAUUCCAUCAUUAAUGACUAAUCCAACAGGCUCAUCAACCUCAAUAUCAACACAGACAAAAAGAGGUCGCACAGAUAUCAGUAGUGCUUCAGAAUCAAUUCUUGCAGUUACUGAUUUCGGUUCGAUUGAACGUGUUCUUACUGAUCAACGAGCUUUGUAA